CCCUCGCGCUGCACGCCGGGCGGACAUGGCAGCCGCCCGGUCCCACCUCAGCCGCCCUGCUGCAGCCCGCGGGCAGCCAGCCGGCCCCGGGCCCCGAGCCUGAGCGGCCGCCGGCGGGCCCGCCCCUUCCCCAUCCCCAUCCCCAUCCCCCGCUCGCCGCCGCCGCCGCCCGCGAUGGAGAAGAGCUCCAGCUGCGAGAGCCUCGGCUCCAGGCCGGCUGCAGCCCGCCAGCCCAGCGUGGACUCGCUCUCCAGUGCGUCCACCUCUCACUCGGACCAGUCAGUGCAUACAAAAUCUGCUUCGGUUGUGUCAUCAGAUUCUGUCUCCACCUCCACAGACAACUUUUCUCCAGAUUUGAGGGUCCUGAGGGAGUCUAAUAAAUUGGCUGAAAUGGAAGAACCUCCUUUGUUGCCAGGAGAAACCAUUAAAGACAUGGCCAAAGAUGUGACUUACAUCUGCCCGUUCACUGGAGCUGUAAGAGGAACCCUGACUGUUACAAACUACAGACUAUAUUUCAAAAGCAUGGAAAGGGACCCACCGUUUGUCCUAGAUGCUUCUUUAGGUGUGAUCAACAGAGUGGAGAAAAUUGGAGGUGCUUCCAGCCGUGGUGAGAAUUCUUAUGGGCUGGAGAUUGUAUGCAAGGACAUUCGAAACUUACGGUUUGCUCAUAAACCUGAGGGACGAACUAGGCGAUCCAUAUUUGAGAACUUAAUGAAAUACGCUUUUCCAGUAUCCAAUAAUUUGCCCCUUUUUGCAUUUGAAUACAGAGAGGUUUUCCCUGAAAAUGGCUGGAAGGUGUAUGAUCCUAUUUUGGAGUACAGAAGACAGGGAAUUCCCAAUGAAAGCUGGAGAAUAACCAAGAUAAACGAGCGCUACGAGCUGUGUGAUACAUAUCCUGCCAUUUUAGUCGUGCCCGUGAAUAUUCCAGAUGAAGAAUUAAAGAGAGUGGCAUCUUUCAGAUCAAGGGGUCGCAUACCAGUUUUGUCGUGGAUUCAUCCCGAAAGCCAAGCUACGAUCACACGGUGUAGCCAGCCGAUGGUUGGAGUGAGUGGAAAGCGAAGCAAAGAGGAUGAAAAGUAUCUUCAGUCCAUCAUGGAUUCCAAUGCUCAAUCCCAUAAAAUCUUCAUCUUUGACGCGAGGCCUAGCGUUAAUGCUGUAGCCAAUAAGGCUAAAGGAGGGGGUUAUGAAAGUGAGGAUGCCUAUCAGAAUGCAGAAUUAGUUUUCUUGGACAUUCACAAUAUUCAUGUUAUGAGAGAAUCAUUGAGAAAACUGAAGGAGAUCGUAUAUCCUAACAUUGAGGAGACUCAUUGGCUGUCCAAUUUGGAAUCCACUCAUUGGCUGGAACAUAUCAAGCUAAUUCUUGCCGGCGCUCUUCGGAUUGCUGAUAAGGUGGAGUCGGGGAAAACCUCCGUGGUUGUGCACUGCAGCGAUGGUUGGGACCGAACAGCUCAGCUCACUUCUCUGUCCAUGCUCAUUCUCGAUGGCUACUAUCGAACAAUAAGGGGAUUCGAGGUGCUUGUGGAGAAGGAAUGGCUGAGCUUUGGGCACAGAUUUCAACUGAGAGUUGGCCAUGGAGAUAAGAAUCAUGCAGAUGCAGACAGAUCUCCCGUUUUUCUCCAGUUCAUUGAUUGUGUCUGGCAAAUGACAAGACAGUUUCCUACAGCAUUUGAAUUCAAUGACUGUUUCCUGAUGAUUAUUCUGGACCACCUGUACAGCUGUUUGUUUGGGACGUUCCUGUGUAGCAGUGAGCAGCAGAGGGUGAAGGAGGGCCUUCCAAAAAAGACUCUGUCACUGUGGUCUUACAUCAAUAGCCAACUUGAAGACUUCACUAAUCCUUUGUAUGUGUGCUACGCCAACCAUGUCUUGUAUCCUGUGGCCAGCAUGCGCCACCUAGAGCUUUGGGUGGGUUAUUACAUCAGAUGGAAUCCAAGGAUGAAACCACAGGAACCUGUCCACAGUCGAUACAAGGAACUUCUUGCCAAACGGGCCGAGUUGCAGAAGAAAGUGGAGGAGCUCCAGAGAGAGAUUACCAACCGAUCGACCUCAUCCUCGGAGAGAGCUGGCUCUCCUGCACAGUGUGUCACUCCUGUACAGACAGUUGUAUAAUGUGGACUUCUAUUAAAUAUUUCCCAGGACCACCUUAAAAGGGCAGCUCUAGUAGGAAACCCUUUGAAUUUAGAUCCUGGUGUCUUGGAGGCACCAACUACCUUAUUUAUUACAUUUCUCUCCAGGGUAAUUUAUUAGUACUGUAGCACUAGAGGAAGCUUAAGCUAAAAAAAAGGGGCAGACCCCUAUGCAAUCUUUUUGAUGGCUAGAUGAUGCUAAAACUAAUUGCACUUGCCAUCUAAAAACAAAAGCGAGCGCUCUCACUGACUUAGCUGUUAGAAAUCAUUUUGCUUUGAAUAAGCGACUACUGCUUGGCAGGAAGUAUUCUGUAAGGAAAGUAUCUACAGAGGAGGAGGAGGACUCUGAAAAUUCUCCACCUCGCUGAAAGGAAACAAAAAGAGACUGAAGUAAGAAAUCAGUCUGCAGAAUUCAUAUCUGAUUCAAACGUUUUGAAUAGAGCCAUUGAAUAGUUUGACUUAUCAAUGUCAAUAUAGAUAUCACUGUCGGUUGCAGUUUUGCCAACGUCUCACUGGGAGACAGAUGCUGAUAGGACCCGAGUAAUAGAAUGUUUUUUACUAGUUAGAUUGGCUCUUUCCUAUCACUUUGAUAUACAUCAGGAGAAGCCAGGCCAAGUUCUGCGACUUUACUUCUGUCAUGGAGGUGGAACUUAAAAGAAACAGAUUUCAUUGUUUGUUAGGUAUAUACCCAAUACUGCAAAGCGAUGCCUUAUUUACAGGAAGGGCAGCUUCUACCUGAAGGACAUGGUAGUGGAUGAGCCCCUUGUAUCCCUUAGCUUGUCCUUUUUGGGACCAAGUUUACCUCCAUCCCCCUCACCUGGAAUCAUCACUUAUUUUCAUCCAAUUCAGUACUAUGAAGCAACUGUUAAUUACUGAGGGGGUGGAAAACAGAUCCCCCAGUAGUUUCUGCAGCCCUUUUUGGGGGGCGGGGGGGGGCCUCAUAUGCAAGAGCUGGCAAAGCAAAUGAUAUAAAACAUGGCAAGUACAACACUUGCUGGGAUCAACUCAAUUUAAUUUUUCUUAGGUAAGUGUAAACAGUUAUUUCCAUAUUUCAGUGUGAGAUCGUGAUGAUAUACUUAAAAUUCAAACUAUUUUACUUCUCUUCUGUUGACAGUAAGUGUAUCGACCAAAGAAAGCUUUCUGCAUGUAUUACAAUCGCAAUGUAAAAGUAGUGCUCAGUUGAUGAAGUGGUGUAGUCUGCUAGCAUAAUAUUUCAGCACUAGCGUAAUACUUUUUACUCUGUCAGAGAAGAGAAUACAGUGUACUUGGAGCAAAGAAUCAUUGCCGACUGCACAAUGAUCAAUUAAACUUUGUCCAAAAUCAAGUUUAAUAACUUUAUUAUAGAAAUCAGGGUGAAAACAGUCAAUUUUUUGGUGAUUAUUUUUGUUGAACUGAUUUUUUCAUUUUAAUUGUCUUUCCAAAUACAGGCAUAUGUACUUGAAUGAGAAGGUUGGGGGUGUAGCAAAAGUCAAAAUAUUUAUAAGGGCUUUUUAGCUUUGCCUCUGGAUCUCAUUUCCAUAUGCAGCUGUAUGUUCUGAUCAGAGUAGUUGGGCUGAUUUUUGUGCAGGCAGUAUCUGUAUAUUGCCUCUGAGGGGCUGCAUUCCCUCUAAGGCAGUGGAAUUCCCUUUGGAAAACUACUGUGUGCCUCCCUCUUUCUCCUGCAGCUAUGUCAACCCAUUAGGGUGAAGUUUUCUCUUGUGGAUGGCCCAGCAUUAAGAUGAAGUGUAAACAUCACUGCAUUUGUUAGGGUAACAUGAGCCUUAAUGAGAUUAAAAAAAAAAAAUCAGCUUGUGCUCAUUUUUGCACCAUAUGAUGUAUGGGGAGUGUACAACUUGCUUUAAGUUCACGUGUGUGAGAGAGACUGACUGUUGGCCUGUCCUGUCACUAUAUAAAAUGUAUUGGUCUUAAGUUCUCAGGGACCGCAGUGCAGUAUGAGAACCUAUAUGGAAGAGUCAUUUACCUUUUUACCCUCACUGUGGCCAGUUUCACUAGGUACGUAUUAUUGUCCCUUUAAUGUUUUGUUUCCUUAAGGUUAAUACUAAGUGGUGAGUGGCUGUGGUUUUUUCUCCUUGGGCCCUGCUCUCCCUCCCACUAGUAUUUAGUUGUUCUUUAUUUAAAAAAAAAAAACCAAAAAACCGAAUGUUGACAUGUCAGUCGUAUCACUGAACCGUAACCAUUUCAGAAGUCAGAGUAAAGUGGAGGAAAGAUGAAACGUCUGUAUGGCAUUCUCAGUAAGCAGUGUGGUUUUGCUGAUAUUCAAGCUUUGUAGAUGUAGAAUUACUGUAACAUAAUUGCUUUGUAUACGACUAGAGCAACUUCCUGUUCAAAGGGUGUUUUCCUUUGGCUACUGUCCCAGUAACAAUCCCUGGGCAGUUUAUGAAUUUUCUCAUUAUCUCAAAUAUUUGCUAGCUCAAAAUUAUUUAACAUGAGCACCUUACACUUAAUAUCUAGCCUCACAAUACCCCUCCGAGGUAGGGAAACAAACACAGAGUGAAGGAGUUACCUGAGGUUAAAAGAUACCUGUGGCAGAGCAGGAAAUUUAACCCCAGUCUUCCAAGUGCCAGGCUCCCAUCUUCACUACUUACCUAUCCUUCCUCUCUACUCGUGCCACCUAACAUCUCUGCUCAGGCAAUGCUUGAGGUGAGUUUUAGUGCAGCAGGACUUU